AUGACUCCCGACAAGCCAGCCAGCACAAUGCAGAACUCCUGCAUCAUCUGCCACAAGAAGAAGGUAAAAUGCGACCUCCACAAGAAAAAGCCGUGCUCCAACUGCGCCAAAGCCGGCUCCGAAUGCCUACCAUAUACCCGGAAACGAAAAGAAUAUACAAACGACCUGUCGUCAGCGACAAAAAUAAGCAAAGACAAGGUCGACAAGCAUAAAGGCAAGGAGAAGGAAAAGGAGAAAAAACGCCGUGUCGAGCCGAGUGCCGCCCUGCUUAAGGACCUCGAAGCCAUCCAGAAAGCCGACGCUGCGCCGACAUUCCGCGGGCGCGACAGAUAUCUCGGCCGUCAUGCCUCCUUCGACGAGGCCAUGGUCGUUCCGAGUCUCACCAAAGAGCAUCCCCUUGUGUCCAGCGCCGACCUGGAGCUGCUGAUGGAGCAGGGUGCAUUCACGCUGCCGUCCGACCCGGUCCAGCAUGAAUUGAUUACGACUUUUAUGGAAUUCGGACAGGUCUGGACGCCGAUAAUUGAUCCGACCUGGUUUACUGGCACGACUCCCUCGUUUCUGCUGUUACAGUCGAUUUUUGUCGCAGCGAGCAGGAUGACUACCCAGCCGAACGAGUACGGCCUGAGCUCCGACUUUUACCGCCGGGCGAAGCUCUUGUUCUUCUUUGGAGUCGAGCGAGAUCCCCUGAUCUCCGUUACCAGUGCUAUCCUGCUGCACUGGUAUAACCCGGUCGGCCCAGAGACGGUUUCCACCGACACCAGCGGCUUCUGGCUGCGCACUGCUGAAUCGAUCGCGUUCCAGAUCGGUCUGCACAAGGAGCCUUCGGUGAAGGAUCGCCAGAGAGGUCUGAGGAGGCGAUUAUGGUGGACUCUUGUGCUACGCGACUGCAUCAUCUCCGCAGGCACCGGGCGACCACGCACAAUCAACCUAAGCGACAGCGACGUCCUCGCCCCCUCCGUCGAAGACUUCGCCGAACCAGACGCCCAGGCCCGCAUCUUCCCCGUCUACGUCUCCAUCUGCCAGCGCCUAGGCGAUAUCGUCGAGCGAUGCCUCCGCCGCGAACUCACCCCGCUGAACCAGCAAAGCCUGGAGAACUCGCUCUUCCGCUGGUUCAAGCAGGACUUCCCCGCAGUCAUGGGCCCGUUCCCGGGGUACACGAUGGAGGCGCGUCAAGUCCUCGUUACGUACCUCGCCAACCUCAUCGUCCUGGACCGCUCGCCUCCUGCCGAGGGUGCGCUCUCCGCGCGCUCCCUGCUUGCUGCGUCCUUCAUCGCGGGGCUAUUCAAGGAAUUCCUCGAGCGUGAUGAGCUGUGCCGUCUCGGGGCCGCGUUUACAUUCUACGCUCUAAGCGCGGGAUUGCUGCUCAUCCCUGCGGCGCGGGUAGACGGGCUCAAGGACCUCGCGAACGAAGACACGAUUAUCCUGAAAGCGGCCUUACACGUCUUAUCGAAACAGUGGGGCUCUGCGUCUGGGGCGCUGCGCACGCUGCAGAAACUCGGGAAAGAGAGUCCGCGGAAACGCGCCCGGAUCCACGAUACAGCACGGCUGGAUGAGGACGUUCUACCGUUCCUGGCGGGGCUGGAUACACGGUGGUGUCGCAUUUGGGCGCCGGUUGUGGAGAAUGAGGCUACUGUGUCUGUGUCUUCGCUGCAGGGGUCGCAGAGGAGUAUUUUGGAGCCUUAUAAUAAUGCGCAGGCGCAGGGCUGGGAUGUGCCGCCGCUGCCGGUGCAGUAUCCGGAUUCCAUGGUGGGGGAUUGGGAAGGGGUCGGGUUUGAUUUGGGAGGGUCGUGGCUGUUGGAUAGUAAUCUAUUCUCGUCUAUGUAG